UGACGUAGUGCAAAAAGACAAUUUUGUAUUAAAUUUGCGGGACUUUUCUGCGGAAAGCCUUGGUUUCGGUGUGAACGAAGGUGUUUGGUGUUCACCCAAGCUUCAGGUAACGGAGGAACCGUCAUUAAAUAUUAAGGGCUGGAGGUUGUACGUGCUGCCGACCCUCUUUAUCAAUGCAAAUGCAUCUUUUGUGUGCUGUCAUAGCGCCUAACUGCAAGCUGUGAGAUGAAUUUUUAAUUAUUCGGCUUAUAAACAAACUGUGCCUAAGCUUCUGAAAAGAGGACUCGCCCCCCAAAAAAACUGACUUAUUUUCGUAUGUGGGCACAGUGACGCCUGGGCGGUGUGAGUUAGGCACUAUGGACCCAGAGGAGCUCACUACUAACGAAGGUCCCCUCACCGUUAAUGAACAGGUGAUUGUGAUGUCGGGCCACGAGACGAUCCGUGUACUGGAGGUGGAGGUGGACGCGGCACUGCCUACCUCCGGGGCUGAUGGGAAGCGAGAGGGCGCGUGUGAGGAGGGGGAAAACCUCGCCCUGGAGCCCAGUGAGGGAGGGGUGCAGGACUCCCCCGCACAGCCCUGUAACAGCGGUGGAGUAGUGUUGGGCGAUGGAGGCAUUGCUGUGGAGACACAGGCCCCUAUGCUCCAGAGUGUGGCCCCUGCUGGUCCCAUCAGCGUGUCCAUGGCACAGCCCCAAACGGCCGUGCCCAUCACCAUACAGGGCUGCCCGCAGAUGCUGACCCAGGACAGCUUGGCCACGCUGAUGACGGGUGUGAUGGCCCAGCCUGGAUCUCUGGGCCAGCCGCUGCUCAUCCCUCUCAGCAUGGCGGGGCCCAUGGGGGGUCAGGGGGGCCUGGCUGUCAUCACCAUCCCCACGGCAACCGUGGCCACCCUGCCUGGGCUCACAGCCGCCACCCCGGCAGGAGGCGUCCUCAAACUUCCCCUCGGACUGCAAACCGCCACGGUGCUGAACACGGUGCAGCCCCAGAUGCACGCAGCGACCCAGGCCAUCCUGCAGUCCUCGGGCUUGCCCCUGCAGCACCAGGCCCAGGCCCAGACCGGCCCGGCUCUGGCGCAGGUGGUGACCACCUCUGUGGCUGCCACAAUCCCCCGGACCUCCGAGGCGGUCAUGUCCAUGGCAGCACCCCAUACGGCGGGGCUCUCCAUCAACCCCGCCAUCAUCAGCGCAGCGUCUCUAGGGGCUCAGCCCCAGUUCAUCAGCUCCCUGACCACCACGCCCAUCAUCACCAGCCCCAUCUCCGGCAUGGCGGGCCUCACCAGCCAGAUCAUCACCAACGCGCAGGGGCAGGUAAUUGGGACGCUCCCCUUCCUCCUGAACCCGGCCUCCCUGGCGGGCGGAGCUGCCCCCGCCCUCCCCUCGCAGAGCCUGCAGGUGCAGACGGUGUCUCCCCAGCUGGUGGUGAACGCCCAGGGCCAGAUCAUCGCCACCAUCGGAAACGGCCCGGCCCCCACCACCACGUCCGCCGCCGUGCUCCCCAAGACCUCCGCACCACUGACGCUCACUAAGCCCAGUACACAGGGCCCAGUGGUGACGGUGUCACAGCCUCCCGUGGUCAUCGCCCCCCAGCCCUCUGUGGUGAAGACAGUCACCUCCCUCUCCGCCCCCGUCCCCAUCGCCUGUGUGGACUCCCCCACUGUGGGCCAGCUCGUCAGCAAGCCCCAGCCGGGAGUUGCAGAGGAGGAGGGCAUUAAUCUGGAGGAAAUCCGUGAGUUUGCCAAGAACUUCAAGAUCCGCCGCCUCUCCCUGGGGCUCACGCAGACGCAAGUGGGACAGGCGCUCACUGCUACAGAGGGGCCUGCCUACAGCCAGUCUGCCAUCUGCAGGUUUGAGAAGCUGGACAUCACGCCCAAGAGCGCGCAGAAGCUGAAGCCCGUGCUGGAGAAGUGGCUGGCGGAGGCGGAGCUGUGGAACCAGAAGGGGCAGCAGAACCUGAUGGAGUUCGUGGGCGGGGAGCCCUCCAAGAAGCGCAAGCGGCGCACCAGCUUCACCCCGCAGGCCAUCGAGGUGCUCAACACCUACUUUGAGAAGAACGCCCUCCCCACGGGCCAGGAGAUCACCGAGAUCGCCAAGGAGCUCAACUACGACCGCGAGGUGGUCCGCGUCUGGUUCUGCAACCGGCGGCAGACCUUGAAGAACACCAGCAAGAUCAACGUCUUUCAGAUUCAGUGA